AUGGGCCGAACAUGGUCAUCUACUCGCCAAAGGCUCUUGAGCUCCAAUGCUGGCUUGUCACAGGUGGACAAAAUGAAAGCCCGGCUCGGCGAACACACAGCCGUACCACCUACCACAAAUACGGUCAUUUGUGCCAUUCUCUGGACAGCACUGACUCGAGCACGCCAACGUCGACGUCCAGAAGCCUUCUCGCAACCUCAGCAGAGUCGUCUUGGCAUGCCAUCGGAUGCUCGACGAAGGGUCCAUCCAGACUUUUCUCCAGAUGAAGAUCCAUAUUUCGGAAACUUUUACACCUACACCGCUACCGCAUUACCUACCACUGCGUUGAUCACGGCCGACGACACAUCUAUGUAUCGCUUGGCCCAUGUCUGUGACGCCAUCGCAUCUACACUAUCUCCAGACAAGCUGAACUCGAGGAAUGUGGCGGAAAUCUAUACGCUUGCAACACGAUCGGAAAGCUCUCCAGCGUUGUUUCCGGCAUGGUCGAUCACAAGUGGGAGGGAUCUAGGCAUGACCAGCUGGGCGGGAUUCGGGCUGUACGAGAUGUCCUUCGGAAAUGUUUUGGGUCAACCUACCUUCGUCCGGCCGCCAUUCAUGCAAAUCGAUAGUGCUGCGAUCGUACUCCCACGCAAACGCGGAGGCUUUGAUGAAGAGCAAAGAGACAUCAUCGAGAUUAUGGUCAUGUUGCAUAAAGAUGAUACCAAGGCUCUCCAGGACGAGCGACUGUGGAAGCUACUCGUCGUGCCUCCAGUGGCGCAAGGCAUCAAAGCGCGACGGCCCCCCAUACCGUUCACGCCGCAAGCAGACCAUUUCGCACCAGUAUAUAGCUCAGGAGACGGUCAGAAUCGGCGAGUCGUUCAGAUGGUCGAAUAUUGA